AUGUCUCAGAAUGCCGUUCAAGUCCCCGAAUCAGCUCCGCAAGAGGAGUCUUAUGAUGCUGAAGCACCGAAACCAAACCAUGCCAACGAUGACAGUGACAGUGAAAGUAAAAGUGACAAUGCCAAUUUCAUCAUCACUCUCCACAAGACUAACGACAUAAACAACAACAACAACAACAACAACAAUAAUGAAGCGAAACCUACGACUGCCACAACGAUGAACCAAACAAAGCAAAAUAUGCCAAAAAGCAGCUUGAAAUCACCCACAAGGAAUAUGACUAACACCGACACCGACACCGACACCAACACCAACACGACAAAUACUAAAGGAAGCAGAAGAACAACAACCGCCGUUUCUGAAUCCCAGCAUUCGUCUCAAAACAAUUGGUCCUCUCCCUUUCGACAACUUUCCAAAAGUCUGAUUGGAUUCUUUCUGACCGUCCUGGUCAUUGCUCGCAUCAAGAAGCAAAAGGACAAUAAGAACAGCAACCAAAAUGAUGAGGAAGCUGGCGGAGGACCAAUGCCAAACGUGGUCAAACCCAAAAAGUCGGUCCGGAUUCUCGACAUGUCAGGCAACUUGACCACUCCCAACACACCUUCGACGACUAUUACCAAUGAUGAUUAUAAUAAUAGUUACAAACGUCGUAAUUUCAAGGAUUCGCGACAGCUGGAUGCCAAUAGCGAAUGUGAUAUGGUAUACAAACCAAUCUUGGUCAAGGUCGCUGUAUUUUUGUGUUUGGGUAUUCUGGCGUUGGUGUUGUACGUCGUUCUCAAGUAA